AGUAGACCAAACCGGCUUAUGUCUGGCAUGCCAUUGCCCAAAGAAGAAGGGAAGGCUCAAGAUAAAGCAUCGGUUAAAUCUUUACUGGUUGGUUUGAAUGAGGCUUUCAAAAGUGUUCCUUCCCAGGCUAGAGGUGCUGAAAAGGAGAAUCUGCAGUUUGAGCAAAAACUAUACAGAGGUGUUUCAGCCAUCUCGUCUUGGCUAGAUGGAGUUGAAGAACAUUUGUUUGUUGCCACGGCCCUUUUACCUGAAGUGACAGAAACAUGCCUUGAUAAUCAAGAAUCUCUUGCUAAAGAUAUCAAUGAAAUGACAGAAAAAAUGGAUAAAAGCAAGGAUUUAUUUUCCCAUGUGUUUCCUGAGAAUGCUGAUAACCGAGAUGUUAUAGGAGACACUUUGGACAGUUUGUUACAGAGAUUAACAUUACUAGAUACACUAGUAAAUCAAAGAUGCCAGCAUAUGAAAGAGAGACUUCAGCAGAUACUGAAUUUUCAGAAUGACUUGAAGUUGAUGUUUACUUUAUUAGCUGAUAACAAGUAUAUUGCACUGCAGAAACUAGCAGAAGCAGUUGAACGCCCUGAAACAGAACAAAUACAGGCCAUUGAGCAAGUAGAACGAGGACUGAAAGAAUUAGAUGCAGGUAUCACUGAAUUAAAGAAACGUGGAGAUAAACUGCAAAUUGAUCAAUCUUUCAUGCAAGAAUUAUCCAAACUUCAGGAUAUGUAUGAUGAGUUAAUCAUGAUCAUAGGAUCACGGCGCUGUGGAUUAAACCAAAAUCUGGCAUUGAAGGGUCAGUACGACCAAGCUUUGCAGGAUCUGGCUGACCUGAUUGAAACUGGGAAAGAAAAGAUGGCAGGUGAUCACAAACUGAUAGUUGACUCCAAAAAGGAAAUCCAACAGCUUCUUGACAAGCAUAAGGAAUAUUUCCAAGGACUAGAGGCACACACGAUCCUAACAGAAACGCUUUUUAGAAAAAUAAGCAGCUUUGCUCUUGUGAAGGAAACUGAAAUCCAUGUAGAUCUAAUGGCACAAGGCUCUGCAGUAUUAAAACAAGCUCAUAAGAAAGGAGUGGAGCUGGAAUAUAUUCUAGAGACUUGGAUGCAUUUAGAAGAAGAAUAUCAGGAACUCAUACAGCAGUUGGAGGCUGUUGAAACCAACAUUCCUAGUGUUGGCUUGGUAGAAGAAACUGAGGAAAGGCUUAGUGAUCGGAUUUCACUUUAUCAGCACCUGAAAUAUAGUCUUACUCAACACCAACCCAAACUUUACCAAGUGCUGGAUGAUGGGAAAAAACUACUGUUCUCUGUGACAUGUUCAGAAUUGGAAUCUCAAUUGAACCAGAUAGGGGAGCAUUGGUUAAAUACUACCAACAAAGUUACUAAGGAAAUGCACAGACUGGAAACUAUACUUAAACUCUGGACAAGAUAUCAGAGUGACUCGGCUGAGCUGAUUCAUUGGCUCCAGUCAGCAAUGGAACGUUUGAAAUAUUGGACCCAGCAAUCUAUCACAGUUCCUCAAGAACUAGAAAUAAUUCGAGAUCAUCUGAAUGCAUUUUUGGAAUUUUCCAAAGAAGUUGAUGCAAAGUCAUCCCAAAAAUCUACUGUUCUGAGCACUGGAAAUCAUCUUCUCCGGCUGAAGAAAGUGGAUACUGCGUCUUUGAAGGCUGGACUGUCACAAAUUGAUAAUCAGUGGACAGAACUGCUCAUACAGAUUCCAGUAGUGCAGGAAAAACUGCAUCAGGGCUUUAAAAUUGAUGUAAGCUGUAAACAGUUAACCGUGGACUUCGUUAACCAAUCAGUGUUGCAGAUUAGUAGUCAGGAUGUGGAAAGCAAGCGUAGUGACAAGACGGAUUUUGCUGAACAACUUGGAAUGAUGAAUAGGCGGUGGCAGAUUUUGCAGAAUCUGAUAAUGGAAAAGAUUCAGUUGUUGGAAGGUUUCCUUGAAUCAUGGACAGAAUAUGAAAAUAACAUUCAGAACCUAAAAACAUGGUUUGAAACUCAAGAGACAAAACUGAAGGAACAACAAAGAAUUGGCGAUCAAGCUUCAGUUCAAAAUGUCCUAAAAGACUGUCAGGAACUUGAAGAUCAGUUAAAAACAAAAGAGAUAGAACUUGAAAAAGUUGAACAGACUGGCUUUACCCUAAUACAAAAUAAAAAAGAAGAAGUCUGUGUUGCUGUUAUGGAUACCCUCCAGAAGCUAAAUAAUUCUUGGGCAAAUUUGGACCACCAGGUUGGUCAGCUGAAAACACUGCUACAAUCUGUCCUUCAUCAGUGGAGAGUUUACAAAGCAUCUUAUGAAGAACUUAAUAGCUACAUAAUGGAAGCAAGGUAUUCCCUGUCUCGCUUUCAUCUUCUUACUGGCUCUCUGGAAGCAGUGAAAGUCCAAGUAGAUAAUCUUCAGAACUUGCUAGAUGAAUUGCAAAAGCAAGACCAUCGCUUACAAAAAUUUGGGUCAGUCACCAAUGCACUAUUAAAAGAAUGCCAUCCACCAGUUACAGAAGCGCUUAAUAAUACUUUGAAAGAAAUGAACUUAAGAUGGAACAAUCUUCUAGAAGAAAUUGCAGAGCAUUUACAUUCCAGUAAAGGUCUGCUUCAUCUCUGGCAGAAAUAUAAAAACUAUUACUUGCAAUGUUCUUCUACUGUCCAGCAAUAUGAGGACCGAACAAAUGAACUUUUGAAGGCUGAACUCAAUAAGGACACUGUUGAUGAUGAAGCCACUGCUUGGAUUCAUGACUGCAAUGAUCUACUUAAAGGCAUGAAGACAAUGCAAGAUUCUCUAUCUGUUCUGCAUGAACUAGGCGAACAGCUGAAGCAGCAAGUGGAUUCUUCUGCUGCAGCAGCUAUCCAAUCCGGCCAGCUCUUACUAAAUCAGAAUUUAGCUUCUUUAGAGCAAGGACUCAACAGACAGCAGUCAAUAUUACAGGCAGGAGUUCAAGACUACCAGACCUUUAAUCUCAGUCUGUCAGGACUGGAGCAGUGGACAAAGCAAGCGGAAGAGAUGCUGAAAAUGCAAGAUCCAAGCCACUCAUCGGACUCAUCCAUCAUUCGGAACAGAAUGGAGGAGCUUAAAUGCCAGAUGCUAAAAUUCAGCAGCAUGGCACCUGAUUUGGAUCGUCUAAAUGAGCUGGGAUAUAUGUUGCCCUUGAAUGAUAAAGAAAUCAAAAGGAUGCAAAAUCUGAAUAGAUGCUGGUCAGUUAUUUCUUCACAAACUACUGAAAGAUUCAGUAAGCUACAGUCCUUCAUGCUGCAGCAACAAACCUUCCUAGAAAAAUGUGAGACUUGGAUGGAGUUCUUGGUUCAAACUGAGCAGAAACUGGCUGCAGAAAUUUCAGGAAACUACCAGCUUCUUUUAGAACAGCAGAGGGCGCAUGAGCUGUUCCAAGCAGAGAUGUUUAGUCGGCAACAGAUUUUACAUUCUAUCAUCAUGGAUGGCCAUAACCUUCUUGAGCAAGGGCAGGUAGAUGACAGGGAUGAAUUCAAUUUAAAACUGGCAUUGCUCAGUAAUCAGUGGCAAGGGGUAAUUCGUAGAGCCCAGCAGAGAAGGGGCAUCAUUGACAGUCAGAUUCGUCAGUGGCAACGAUACAGAGAAAUGGCAGAGAAAUUGCGCAAGUGGCUGGUGGAAGUGACUUGUCAAUCAGCAAGUGGGCUGGGCACUGUUCCUAUCCCAUUGCAGAGAGCUAGAGCCCUACUGGAUGAAAUGCAGCUCAAAGAGAAAGUGCUUCUUCGCCAACAAGGGAGCUACAUUUUAACAGUGGAAGGUGGAAAACAGCUGUUACUCUGUGCUGAUGGUGAGACAGAAGCAUCUUUACAGAAGGAACUUACAGAAAUCCAAGAGUGGUGGAAAUUAGCAAACCUCAGACUUGAAGAACAGAAAAAGCAGCUCACCUUACUAUUAAAAGACUGGGAAAAAUGUGAAAAAGACAUAUCAAAUUCCUUGGAAAAGCUAAAAUCCCUGAAGAAGAAGCUUUCUCAGCCAUUGCCAGACCAUCAUGAUGAGCUCCACACAGAGCAGAUUCGCUGCAAGGAACUAGAGAGUGCCGCUGAGGGAUGGACCAACGAUCUUUCUCAUUUGAACUUAUUAAAGGAGACCCUGGGUACUUUCAUUAGUGCAGAGGACAUUUCGGCACUCAACGAACGUAUUGAAUUAUUGCACAGACAAUGGGAAGAACUAUGUCACCAGGUUUCCUUGAGGAGGCAACAGGUGAGCGAGAAACUGAAUGAAUGGGCAGUCUUCAACGAGAAGAACAAAGAUCUCUGUGAGUGGUUGACACAAAUGGAAAGUAAAGUUUCCCAGAAUGGAGAUAUUCUCAUUGAAGAAAUGAUUGAAAAACUCAAAAAGGAUUAUCAAGAUGAAAUUGCAGUUGCCCAAGAAAAUAAAAUGCAGCUUCAGGAAAUGGGAGAACGGCUUGCUAAAGCAAGCCAUGAAAGCAAAACCCUGGAGAUUGAGUAUAAACUUGGCAAGGUCAAUGACAGGUGGCAACAUCUUUUAGAUCUCAUUGCAGCCAGGAUGAAGAAACUGAAGGAGACCUUGGUGGCAAUCCAGCAAUUGGAUAAGAACAUGAGCAUCUUGAGAUCUUGGCUCGCCCAUAUUGAAUCAGAGUUAUCCAAAGCCAUUGUCUAUGAAACUUGCGAUUCUGAGGAGAUUCAAAGGAAACUAAAUGAACAGCAGGAACUUCAAAGAGACAUAGAGAAACAUAGCACUGGGGUUGCAUCUGUCCUCAAUCUCUGUGAAGUUCUUCUCCAUGAUUGUGAUGCUUGUGCUACUGAAACAGAAUGUGAUUCCAUUCAGCAAGCCACAAGAAACUUGGAUCGAAGAUGGCGGAAUAUUUGUGCCAUGUCAAUGGAAAGGCGACUCAAAAUUGAAGAGACUUGGAGACUAUGGCAGAAGUUUUUGGAUGAUUAUUCUCGCUUUGAAGAUUGGUUGAAAAUUUCUGAAAGGACGGCUGCUUUCCCUAGUUCUUCUUGUGUAUUAUAUACAGUUGCUAAAGAAGAACUGAAGAAAUUUGAGGCUUUUCAGCGUCAAGUACAAGAAAGUUUGACUCAGCUAGAACUGAUCAACAAACAGUACCGCCGCUUGGCCAGGGAAAAUCGCACCGAUUCUGCUGGCAGCCUCAAAUCGAUGGUCCACGAAGGAAACCAGAGAUGGGAUAACUUGCAAAAACGAGUGAUCUCCAUCCUCCGCAGACUUAAACAUUUCAUUGGCCAACGUGAAGAAUUUGAGACGGCACGUGACAGCAUUUUGGUCUGGCUUACAGAGAUGGACUUGCAGCUCACCAACAUUGAACACUUCUCAGAGUGUGAUGUUCAAGCGAAGAUAAAGCAACUCAAGGCUUUUCAGCAGGAGAUCUCCCUGAACAACAACAAAAUUGAGCAAAUCAUUGGCCAGGGUGAGCAACUGUUAGAAAAGAGUGAGCCUUUAGAUGCAGCUGUCAUUGAGGAAGAGUUGGACGAGCUAAGACGUUAUUGCCACGAGGUCUUUGGCCGAGUAGAAAGAUACCACAAAAAAUUAAUUCGUCUUCCACUCACAGAUGAUGAGCAUGAGUUAUCUGAUCGUGAAGUGGAUCUGGAUGAAUCAGCAGAUCUUUCCGACCUGCACUGGCAUGACAAAUCCGCAGACAGUGUCCUUUCCCCACAUCCUUCCUCCAUUCUCUCGCUGUCUCUUCCCCAGCCAAUCCGAAGUGAAAGGUCAGGGCGGGAUACACCAGCUAGCAUAGAUUCCAUCCCCUUGGAAUGGGAUCAUGACUAUGACCUGAGUCGUGACCUGGAGACCGCAGUCUCAAGAGCCCUUCACUCUGACGAAGAGGGGAGGGACGACAAAGAUUUUUAUCUUCAAGGAGCUACAAGCCUAGCAGGAGAACCAGGUUCCUUGGAAACACAUAUUCAGCAGCUUGACAAAGCUUUGGACACUAGUCGUUUCCAAAUACAGCAAACGGAGAAUAUAAUCCGCAGUAAAACCCCUACAGGGCCUGAGCUAGAUUCUAGCUACAAAGGAUAUAUGAAGCUCCUGGGUGAGUGCAGCAGGAGUAUAGAUUCAGUAAGGCGGCUUGAACAUAAACUGAAAGAAGAAGAGGAAAAGCUGUCUGGAUUUAUUAACCUGAACAAUGCAGAGCCACAAACAUCUGGUGUGAUUGAUCGAUGGGAGUUAAUUCAGGCCCAAGCCUUAAGUAAAGAACUGAGAAUGAAGCAGAAUCUUCAACAAUGGCAGCAGUUCAGUUCUGACCUAAACAACAUCUGGGUUUGGCUGGGAGAAACUGAAGAAGAAUUGGACCAAUGGCAUUGCCUUGAUCUCAGCACAGACAUACAGACCAUUGAGUUCCAGAUUAAAAAACUAAAAGAGCUGCAGAAGGCUGUCGAUAGUCGCAAAGCCAUCAUUUUGUCCAUCAACCUGUGCAGUUCAGAAUUCAUGCAGUCGGACAGUGAGGAAAACAAGAAACUGCAGGAACAACUCUCUCAGCUGAACAUGCGCUGGGACCACGUCUGCUCUGUGUUAGAAGAAUGGCGCUGCUCCCUACAGGGGGCUCUUAUGCAAUGUCAGGAUUUCCAUGAGAUGAGCCAUGGCUUAUUAUUAUGGCUGGAGAACAUUGACAGGAGAAAAAAUGAAAUAGUCCCUAUCAAUCCAAAUCAUGACUCUGAUACUCUGCAGGAUCAUCACAGGCUUCUCAUGCAAAUACGACGUGAGCUUCUGGAAUCUCAGUUAAAAGUGGCUUCUCUUCAAGACAUGUCCUGCCAACUGCUAGUCAAUGCUGAAGGCACGGAUUGUCUCGAGGCCAAAGAAAAGGUCCAUGUCAUUGGAAACAGACUAAAAAUGCUCCUGAAAGAUGUCACACGUCACAUUAAAGAACUAGAGAAGAUUCUAGAUAUUUCAAGCAGUCAGUUGGACUUAUCCUCGUGGUCUUCUGCUGAUGAGCUGGACACAUCAGGAUCUCUCAGUCCAGUAUCUGGAAGAAGCACUCCAAGCCGACAGAGAAUGGCCCACAAGAGGUGGCUCCGGUUCCUCCCAUUCUGAAAACCAGGGGCAUCGGUCACGACCGCAGCACUGCUUCUUCCUCAGGGUGCUGAGAGCAGCUCUUCCUCUCCAGCUUCUCUUGCUGCUUCUGAUGGC